UACGCCGUGACGCAUGAAUGUUGUGUCUGCGGGGAAGAUGGCGGACUCAGUAGCGGCUGGACUUGCGGACGAAAACGAGACCGAAAAUGAGGAUAAGGAAAGGGAGAAACGACUCUUCAGCGGCGUCAGAAAGACGGAGGAACAAGCCGCCGCAUCAGACCUCACAGAAACUCUGGGAUUUUACGAGAGGAAGGCGAAAUACAAAGAGAGAAAGAGCAAUGUGUCAGAUCCCUCUCUGGUGAGGUUUAUCAGUGCUGAGUUGACUAGAGGAUAUUUUCUGGAGCACAAUGAAGCCAAAUACACCGAGCGGAGAGAGAGGGUCUACACCUGCCUGCGUAUCCCGAAAGAACUGGAGAAGCUGAUGAUGUUUGGGUUUUUCCUGUGUCUGGAUGUGUUUCUGUACGUGUUCACUCUGCUGCCUCUCAGAGUGUUGCUGGCCUUGAUCCGACUGCUGACACUGCCCUGCUGCGGCCUCAGUGGAUCUCGUAUCUUGCAGCCCGCUCAGGUGUGUGAUGUUCUGAAGGGUGUCAUUAUGGUUCUGUGUUAUUUCAUGAUGCAUUAUGUGGAUUAUUCCAUGAUGUACCACAUGAUCCGGGGUCAGUCUGUCAUAAAACUCUACAUCAUCUAUAACAUGCUGGAGGUGGCAGAUCGCUUGUUUUCAUCUUUCGGUCAGGAUAUUCUGGAUGCUUUGUACUGGACUGCCACUGAACCGAAAGAGAGGAAGAGAGCUCAUAUAGGAGUCAUCCCACAUUUCUUCAUGGCUGUUCUCUACGUCUUUCUGCAUGCCAUUCUGAUUAUGGUUCAGGCCACCACACUGAACGUGGCCUUCAAUUCACAUAACAAGUCGCUGCUCACCAUCAUGAUGUCUAAUAAUUUUGUUGAGAUCAAAGGAAGCGUAUUCAAGAAAUUUGAGAAAAACAACCUCUUCCAGAUGUCCAAUAGCGACAUUAAAGAAAGAUUUACAAACUACACACUCUUACUAAUCGUCUGUCUCAGAAACAUGGAGCAGUUCUCCUGGAAUCCAGAUCAUCUAUGGGUGUUGUUUCCUGAUGUCUGUAUGGUGAUCGCCUCGGAGACUGCAGUGGACGUUGUCAAACAUGCCUUCAUCACCAAGUUUAACGACAUCACGGCAGAUGUCUACAGUGAAUACAGAGCAAGCUUGGCAUUUGAUCUGGUCAGCAGCAGACAGAAGAAUGCAUACACAGACUACAGUGACAGUGUGUCUAGGAGGAUGGGCUUCAUUCCUCUUCCUCUUGCACUACUGUUGAUCCGAGUGGUGACCAGCUCUGUGAAGAUCCAGGGAUCUCUGUCCAUUGUGUGUGUUGUGCUCUUCUACCUGGGUAUGAUCACCCUGAAGGUGCUGAACAGUAUUGUGUUGUUGGGGAAAUCCUGUAUGUACGUGAAAGAGGCCAAUAUGGAGGAGAAGCUGUUUCAGAAUCCUCCCUCUGCAGCUCCCAGCAGAGCGUCUAGCAGAGCCCACCGAACCAAACACACACGAGAACCAGCAGGUGAGCCAGCAGAGGAGGGCUUGUCUGCAUCAGUCACCACUCAGCCCAGCCAAAGUGACGAAUGCCCCGCCCCUCAGCUCCCCACCAGCCAAUCAGAUCAGUUCCUCACUACACCAGAUGAAUCAGAAGAGAAAAGCCUUAUUCAGGACGAUACCGAACUUAAACACAGGGUGCCCAAAAAAGACUUGCUGGAGAUUGACCGCUUUACUAUCUGCGGUAACCGUAUUGACUGACAUUGAUAUGCACCUUCAUGUGUAAGAGUGACGCCAAGUAUGCACUGAAAUGCCCGCCCUCUCUGCUAGCUUGAUUGACAUUUGAGCUCGUUGGAUUGGGACAGCGAGAAACUGCAGGAUAUUUAUUAAUAAGUGAUGCACCUAAUUUAUUUAAGACUUAAACACAGACAGUCACACACAGUUUUACCCAUCUGGAAUCCACCCAGUGAAGUUUUCAAGAGGCUCGAGAUCACCAGCGGAGGUCACCUUUGGACGGCGGGGGAGAUCUUGGUCUGAUGGUCACUGUGCUUACCUUUCAAAGGAGGCAUCAAAUGAAGAAAAUGAGAAAAGGGAUGGAUUAUAUUCCUAAAUUACAGAUUCAGAAGAUUCCAUACAUGUGUGGAACAAAAUAGGAUGCAAAUACUCCAAAAAUGUAAUAUGCAGUGCUCCAAAACAAAUGUUAAAAAUUCUAUUUGCAAGUGUCCCUUCAUCUACAAUUCUCAAAUUCCCUCAAAGACUUUUAGUUUGAAAUAUCACCAUGUUCAUUGUCAGUCAGAUGUGUUAGGCAGAUUUUUUUUUUUUUUGUAUCUUUGAGACAGCAGGCUAAAAUACCGUAUCACAUGUUUAAUUAUGAAGACAGUUGCUCAUUUAUGACUGAAUGACUAAAUUUCAGUUUAAAGACAGGGUUACCAAUGACAAAAUUAAUUAAAAAAAUGUUUUGCAUUGUUGCACCUUUUAAAAGGCCAUUGUGAGUAAGUGAUACUGCGAUGAAACGCAUGCCUGUGAUAUUUGGAUUGAUUUAAGCACUGCAUCUGAAUGAAAGGAUAGUUGAUUAAUGCAAGAUAGUCGCAUAGAAUCAGAAAACUGAAUCUACUUCAGUAGCGUAAUGUGUUUUGUUAAAAUGAAGGAAUUAAAUAUUUUCCAUUUAAGGAUGGAAAGUCUGUUUUUUCCCCCUCAAGCGUUUAUUGCACAGAGAGUAGCGUAUCAGAUGAACGAUCAUACAUUGAUGCUGAUGCUAAAUAGUCAAUUACCAACAUUCCAAACUUCAGAAUCUUGACCAAAGCAAAGCUGAAUUUACAGCCUUUUGCUAAUAUCUUGGGUGUAUAUUUAAAAAAAAAAAAAGGCCUGUUGACCCCAAAUAAACAGUUUUUAUAGGUCAAUGAGCAUCAGAAUCCAGUAAUGUAAGAUAUGAGUCAACGUUUCAGAAUAACCAACUUAUCAGUUAACAGUCACAUCUGUGAAUGUCCAUGAUCAGUAAUAUAUGCCCAUGCAUCAUGUAUAGUGCAUUAUCAUCAUAGACAAUAAUUUUUUGUACAUUUGAUUUGCAUAACAGACCACACUCUUAAAAAAAAAACUUUUUAUAAACCACUAAUGUCUCUUUGUAGUGCUGGAUGUCAGAAUUUAAGUUUUUGUUUUCUCUCUCUCAGUAAUGACAACUUGUUUUGUUUUUCUGUUUAUUGUUUAUUUUUGACUGCGUUUGGAAUUUGUAUUUCUUGUAUUACAAAUGUGUGGCUAUAAUGGCUUUGCUUUGUAAUAUCAUCAUCAUGGUGACCACGGUGGCAUGGUCGUAUUGUGUAAGGUGCUCAGUUUUUUCAAAAACAAAAGGUUGUUUGAUUUUAAUUAUCAUUUAGGAAGAUUAUUACGUGAAAAUAUCAAAUAUGCCAAGGAACUGUUUACCCUCAGUUAUCAAACUAAUGCAAACUCACAUUUUUCAAAACCUUUUCAGAAGCAUUCACUUGACUUAAACUGCCAAAAUGAUAUCAGCGAGCAUUUCUCAUUGUUUUUACAUUCGAAACACUGAUGUUAGAAAUACUUCUGCUUCUUUUUGAAAGAAAGAGAGCAUUUUAAGCAAAUGUUUGGUUCUGUUGUGCUUUUCAGUGUAACUGCCUGUGCUUUCCCGGAGGUUCAGUCACCUUUUGGCUCUUGAAAUAAGGCUGAAGUUUGGCUGUGCUGGAUAUGGAUCAGUACUGCUUGAUUGAACCUUUCUAAUUCAUACUCGUAUCCAUUUAUUUGGAAAUACAUUCAGAUCCAGCCAUCCCGUUCUUUCCACACUGCUGGACUUCACUGCUGUUUUCUCUCACUGGUCAAUAUCAGUUUGUUGUUUUCGGUGUGUUUUUGUACCCAUAUCGGCUUCAGCCUGUAGAAACUGAAGAGGAAUGACGAUGUCAAAUCCCUUGUGUGGGAUGUUUCAGAGACAGAAUUGGGGAGAGGAAUCAGGGCAUUGUGUUUAUUAAAGUUUUGUUGUUUUGUA